CAUUUCAUGCUUUCUUGUUUAAUCAUUUUCUGGGGAGUGAGUGAGAGAUGAUGAUAAUGGGUCACCUUCUCCAUCACAUUUCCCCUGCGUUUCCCAAUUCAAAACCCACCCCUAAAUUUUCCUGUAAAUUUAGCGUCGAUUGCAUCAACAAUAUCGAUAAAUAUUCUACUAAACCCCCAAUUAGUUGGUCUACUAACCUAAUCUCCGUUGCAAUUGCUGUGGCCCUUGUUGCUCCACUUCCAUCUUCUGCAAUCCCAUUUACCCCUUUCAAUCCCAAAUCUUCUUCAACAACCACUCCUUUUUCACAGGCACAGAAUCUUCCCACUGGGUUGGAAAACGGAAAAAUUAGACCUUGUCCUGCAAUAAAUCCAGGGUGUAUAUCAAGUAAUCCCAAGUCAUCGAAUUUUUCGUUUCCAUGGAAAAUCGAGGGCUACUCUUCGAGCGGUGCUGCCAUUCAGCAACUGCAAGAUGCAAUCCUAAAAACUCAGAAGAAUGCCAAGAUCCAGCUUGUUGAAGAUACACCUACCGGGAUGUAUCUGCAGGCUGAGGUGGAUGGAGGAUUUGGUCGUGACGUUGUGGAGUUUCUGGUGAACGGAGACGUGGUUUCUUAUAGAGCUAUGGCGACCAAGGUAACAUACGUAUACCCCUUCACCACAGCCUUGGGGGACUCGAAAGGGCAGGAAGAGAGACUGCAGCAGAUCGUCAACGAAUUAGGCUGGUAUGCACCAAGGUUUGAUUUGAUGGACUAGAUGUAUGAGUAGAUAGUGUUGCAAUCAUGCUCCAAAAUGUCUAGUGAUGACAUUUUCACAGGCAAUAUGGAUUUGUAAUCAUAAACUGGAAUUUUUGUAUUGUUUGAAGAAAAACUCAUUGAUCA